AUGCUAAUUAAUAUUAACAUUUGUUUUAAGACUCGAAAUGCAAGUUACGAUGUAUCUAAAAAAUUAUUAUAUUAAAUUAGGUGAAGAUAAAACAACAUUAAUAAGAAAUAGAAAUUUUGGGUUUGCUUAGAUUAUAAAGGCAAAGAAUAUGCUGA